AUGCAUGGAAUCCAUAAGUCAAUUGUAUGCCGCACAAUUCACAGAGUAUUAGACGCUGUUAUCAACAAAAUGCUUAAUGCAACUAUAUGCUGGCCGCCUAAUACUUAUGAAAUUGCGCAGCAUUUCUUUGAAAUUGGUGGUUUUCCUCAGGUUGCGGGUUGUAUUGAUGGUACAAUGAUAAACAUUGAUGCCCCAAUGGAAAAUGAGGCGCAGUUUGUAAAUAGACAUGGAAAACAUGCCCUAAAUGCAAUGAUGGUGUGUGGUCCUGACCGUAGCUAUUACGCCAUAAAUUGUUCUUGGCCUGGAAGUGUGCAUGACUCCAGAGUGUUGAGAAAUUCACAGCUGUUUAAUAAUUUCGAGUCUGGUUUUCGUCCAUUUCCUGGCGCAGUACUACUUGGUGAUAGUGCUUACCCAUUGAAGGAUUGGCUAAUUCCUCCUUUGCGAAAUAAUCCAACUAUUCCACGAGAGCAGAGAUUUAACAGAUCACAUAAAACUACAAGAAGAAUUGUUGAAAACAGCUUUGGAAUACUUAAAGAGAAAUUUCCUUGCCUCAAUCACUUACGCCUACAACCUGAAAUUGCUGCAAAAGUUAUUUUAACUUGCUGCAUACUACACAAUGUGGCCAUAAAGGCAAUAAGCAGCACAACUAUGGCUGACUUCAGUGACAUUGUUUCAAUAAAUGCAGAGGAUGCAGAGGAAGCUGAAAAUGAACACGUGGAGGAGGUCUUUGAAGUUACACCGGGAGCGGCUAAUAGACUUCAAUCAUUAUUAGCUUUAUUUGACUAGCAUAAAUUUCCAUAAUAAGAUCCAUGAAUUUUUAUAAGUUUAAAA